GGGACCCUAAUCGGUCAUCAUUCGAGUGUUAGACGAUCAUCUUAACAGAUCGUAGUUUAAUAUAUAUUUUGAAGUUAUAUUUGAAAUAAUAAUAGUAAUAUUUAAAAAAAAUUGUGUCAGUGCUUAAAAUAGUGUCAUAUAUAGUAAGCGUUUUAUCAAGUAUUAAAGAAAUAAUAUCAUCAUCAUGAAGAUUUUACUCAUCGUAACACUGGCGGUGGCGUCGACAAUAGCCGAACCUCCUGUCGAUAACAGGUACUUGCCACCUCAGCAGCGGUUCAACGGAGGAUCCUCAGCGCCAUCGCAGACUUACGGCCCCCCAAAUUCAAAUUCUGGAUUCGCUGCACAGAGGCAAACUGACGCUGUUUUCGGAAGCCGCCCAUCCCAAUCUUAUGGUGCCCCAUCCUCUCGCAACACUGCCCGUCCCUCAUCGACGUACGGUGCCCCACAACCAUCCAGCCAAUAUGGUCCCCCAUCAGCAUCACAGUUUGGAUCUCAACCGUCCUCUCAGUAUGGUCCUCCUGGAUUUGGACAGAGCAGACAAGGAGCAAGAGCACCCAGCAGUCAGUACGGUGCGCCUAGAUCCGGUGCUCCUUCACAGCAGUACGGUGCUCCAGGUUUUGGAGGUGUCGGAGGUGGUCAAUUCUCUGGUGCAUCCAAUGGCCUAGGAGGUGGACAGAGCCGCGCGUACCUGCCCCCAGGACAAGGUGGCUACAACGGUGACGAUGGCUCUAACGGGGAGCCCGCAAACUACAACUUCGAGUACAUGGUGAAAGAUGACCAGUCUGGCAACGACUUCGGCCACCGCGAAUCGAGACAAGGCGACAGAGCCGAGGGUGUAUAUUAUGUUGUACUUCCAGAUGGUAGGAAACAGACUGUAGAGUACGAGGCUGAUCAAGACGGCUACAAACCAAAAAUCUCAUACGAAGAUGUCGGUAACAGUCUUGGUGGUUACGACAGAAACGCCCAGUUCGGUAGCAACCAAGUUGGUUACCAAGGCAACCAAGGCGGUUACCGAGACAACCAAGGUGGUUACCAAGGCAGUCAGGGCGGCUACCAAAAUGGUGGACCCUACUAAACACGACUUUGUUUUUGUUGAUUCCAAUGUUAUUUUUUUAUAAUUUUAUUAUUAAGUAUUGACAGUAGAGAACUUUGGAUUGAUGUUUGAUAAAAAAUUUUGGGGGGAAAGAAUUUUAUAUUUAUUUGAACAUAAAUGUAUGUGUCUACUAUAUUUAUAUUUUAAACUGAUCACCAUCUAAGUACCUACCUAAUUACAGAAUGAUCUUUUAUCAAACACCAAUUAAUUUUGUCAAAUAAAAUGUGAUAUAGGUACGACGACUUACGCAAUAUCAAAGGAUUUUGAGACGUAUGAGAUCGAGAGUACAAAAUGCUUUAGUGUAGUAAAAGAAAAAACAAAAUGGCGGAAUAUAUUUCUAUUUAAGCAAAAAUAUAUACUUAUAAAUUUUAUUUGGCUUAAAAAAUUAAAAAGGCCGGCAGCACACCUGCAAUGCCGUAGGUGUUGUGGGUGACCAUGGGCGGCGGUAGUCACUUACCAUCAGGUGAGCCGCAUGCUCGUUUGCCCCGUGUUGUAAAAAAAAAAAAUAUUAUUAAUUUAUUUUCUAAUCUCUAAAAUGUACGUAAAUAAAACUUUAAAUUUAUUAUAAAUGAAAUACUUUAGAUUCUAAUUUUGGCAAAUUUAUAUUAUGUAGUAUUAGGUACAUACAUAUUUGUUAUACCAGCUUUCGAUGGCUUUUAGAUAAAAGGUCGCCUUUUAUGCUUCUCCUUUUUCGGUAAACUUGACCUUUAUUGGAAAUUGAUAAAAAAUUAGUUAAACUAUUUAUUAUUAUUAUUAUAAUUUAUAAAGAUUAUUCUAGAAUGGCGUAAUUUAGCAACUUACCAUUGAUUCUCUAUCUAAUCAUAUGGAACAAUUGUUUAGGACCAUGUAAUAGGUACAUAAAACAAUGAAUAAUAUUUCGUUAUUUUGAUUUUGUUUACACUAGAACUAUGGGUAUACAAGGCCAGUUAUAUGCAUAUUUCUUUUAUUAUUCUAUUAUAUAUAAUUAUUUUAUAUUUUUAACAAGAGUGGAAAGAAAUUACCCACCUACUAUAUAAUUUAUACAGUUUUUUUAUUUACUUCAUUUAUUUUUAAUUUUUUUUUCUUACUUCAUUAUUCUUCUCUUUCCUUUAGUGUAAGUAGUGAAGCAAAUACUCGACAAUGUAAAUAAAGGAUUUUUAUUAUAAAAUGA